AUGAAAUUCACUGACAUUUUAUUCAUACUGGCUGCGGCAGCAACCGCUAAUGCAAUACUAAUACCGACAGAUAAAGAUGAUACAUCUCAAUUAUCAGACACUUCCAGUCAAGUGUCUGAUCCACUUGAUGAACUCAAUCCAAGCAUUCCCGCCCAGUAUUGGAAAGACAUAAUGGAUCAAUUUUAUUCAGAAACUUCCAAUCAAGGUCAGCAACAACUAAUUAAUGUAGCUGGUCCAAGUACUCUUAACCAAGGCCAAAAACGUACAGUAGAUGUAAUUGAUUUAACCAUGCCUGACGAAGACCAACAAGACCCAAUUGAUCAACCCAGUCCAAGUAUUCCCAGACGAGGUCAGAGACGUACAGUAGAUGUAAUUGAUUUAACCAUGUCUGACGAAGACCAACAAUAUCCAAUUGAUCAACCCGGUCCGGGUACUUCCAACCGAGUGUCUGGUUCAAUGAAUCAACCCGGCUCAAUCAUUCCUGAUGAAGAUUGGAAAGACAUAAUGGAUAUGAUUGAUUCAGACACUUCCGGUCAAGACUGGCAACAGCCAGUUGAUCAAUCCGGCACAGGAAUUACCAACCAAUACUGGCAAUAUCCAGUCGAUCAAUCCGGCACAGGAACUACCAACCAAUACUGGCAACAACCAGUUGAUCAAUCUAGUACAGACACUUCCGACCAAAACUGGCAACAACCAGUUGAUAAAUCCAGCACAGGAACUUUCAAACAAAACCGAAAACGCCCAAUCGAUCAAUCUGGUGCAGACACUUCCAGUCAAAACCGGCAGCACUUGACGAAUCAACCCGGUCCAAGCACUUCCAAAAAAAGUAGAAAGCUCCCAAUUGGUAAAGGAGGUUCAGAUAAGGAGACUAAAUCUGAGAGAAUAUUUCGACUCUAUAAUGAGCUAAAGAAAAAGGUUGGGCUGUCUGAAACGAGGCGAGAUGACAAGUGCGAAUUUUAUCACCAUUAUGUAGCCCGUGGACUGGAACACAAGUCAGGGUUAGCCAAGGGAAAAGGUAUAUCUAAACUAGCUCACAGUCAAGAGGCUGAAGAUCGAUUGAAAGUGGAGUGUGACGAAUUAACGAAAAAAGUAGAGAUUGCAAAACAAAAUCUAAAAGACUUUAUUAGAAAAAAAGGCUUGAAUUUGAAUUGA